CACUAUUAUCUCUGGGUUCAUCCGAGGUGACAGCCGAGCCUCCGAACGACUCUGUACUCUUGAGUUUUCUUGCAAGGAAUCUGACUUCAUCUUCCAUAAUCUUGGGGAAUUAACGCGGAUACGCUGCAGACACACAGCCGCAGAUCCUCUCCUGACUACAGGACAGCUGCUGGUCGUCAAGACAUAUUUCCGAGUUAGAUAAUAAGCUGAUACCAACAAACAGCAAUGUGCUCGGUAAUAAGCAGGGUCGGACCGGUUCAACGGGCUCUGGCUGUCACGCUUCGCCUUAAAGCGAGCACCGAGGGAUCGAGGUACGCAGCAUCCGAGAGCAGGCGCUUCUGUCCCGGCUUGAGCACUCGUUUCGACCCGCUGCGAGCCACCAGCAGGUCGUACUGCUCCAGAAUGGCGCUGACCGAAGGACUGCUGUUCAGACAGCUGUUUGAGUCGGAGAGCAGCACUUACACCUAUCUGCUGGCAGACACGGAAACCAAAGAUGCGAUCCUCAUCGAUCCUGUUCUGGAGACCAUUGACAGGGACCUGAAGCUCGUACAUGAACUGGGGCUCAAUCUAAAAGUGGCAGUGAACACUCACUGCCAUGCGGACCACAUCACAAGCACAGGGCUGAUGAAGAAAAGACUGGUCGGGCUGAAGAGUGCAAUCUCCAAAUUCAGCGGUGCCUCUGCAGACAUCCUCCUGUCAGAGGGAGACAAGAUCUCCUUUGGAAAACAUUGCCUGAUCGUGAGAGAGACACCGGGCCACACUGACGGGUGUGUGGCGCUGGUGUCGGGGGAUCAGAGCAUGGUUUUCACUGGGGAUGCUCUGCUCAUCAGAGGCUGUGGCAGGACGGACUUCCAGCAAGGCUGCCCUGAGAAGCUCUACACCUCAGUCCAUCAGAAGAUCUUCACUCUGCCUGAACAGUGCCUCGUCUACCCAGCACAUGACUACUUAGGUCAGACGGUUUCUACUGUCGGGGAGGAGCGCAAGUUUAACCCACGGCUGACUAAGAGUCUGAAGGAGUUUGUGAACAUCAUGAACAACCUGAAUCUCCCCAAGCCAAAGAAAAUAGAUGUUUCAGUGCCUGCAAAUCUGGUUUGUGGAGUUCACCAAGUCUGAAUAUCCAACAGAAGGGAGGAUUUUAAUCAAGUCAACCACAUCGCAGCAAAAUAAUUAACAUUUAAUUGUUUUUAUCUGAGCAGGAUUAACAUAAAACUGAUUCCCAUUAAGUGCUUUAUUACGUGUACUAGGAUUGGACAAUGUCCACCAUAUUGUCACUACUGUUUCUCACUGUCACUUUGGUGGCAACCUCUGAUUGUCUCAUCCAGCAGAGAAAACCAUCUCUAAUCAUCAGCAAAGGAUGAUCAACUGUCUGACAUACGUCCCUGUGCUCGGCUUUAAAGGGUUUUGUCUCUGCACCACAUAUCUGUCUGUUAGUUGUGUUCAAAGAAAACGCUAAUAAUGGCAUGAUUGAAUCUGAAUCAAAUAUUUUAAUCACUGUAGAUAUAAACAAGAUUGAAAUAGGGAAAGAUCAUACAACAAAGAGCAAAUGAGAAUAAAUAUAUAAAGUACCUAAUAUACAAAGUUAUUUUUUUUACUAAUGUAAAAGUACAUAAAAACAAUAAUAUGUGACAACUUUGUGUAUCUAUAUGUACACAUUUUUAAGUACACAUACUCAGAAAUAGAGAUGUGUGCAUUUAGAAGCAAACGUAACAAGCUGCAUGCACUUGGACUUAGAUUGGAAAAAAAACACCAACAGUGGCCUUCAGGAAAAAAUACGUCGCCACCAAGCAGAAAAUAAUAUACACGACACUGAGAUGUAACUUCGGUGUGACAAACAGCAACAGUCAUGACUUAAGGCAGCUGUGAGGGGACACACUACCCUUUUUUUGCCCUUUGUUUUGGGCUUUUAAAAUCACAUUGUUACGAUGGACCCAACACUGAUGUGUAUUUAUGUGAAUGUGAAGAUUGUAUAUUAUCCAGGUUCUGGUGAUCAUGCUUGAAAUAGAAAUGCAAUCGGUUCCAUUCUAUGAUUGAAUGAGUGCUCCAGAUCUGUACAUGAGGGAAAACCACUCUUGGUAUUUUUGUAUUUACUAAAUUUAAAUGUGGCA